CAUGUUUGCACACGGUCCGACCACAAUACAGAAGUUCAUCACAGUACAAGUACAAGUUCUAAUAUCGUCCACCAUUGCGGUUAUCUCUGCGUAUUGUUACACAUCGUCAUAUAUUACUUCUACUGAAAACACUGGGCUGACUUAAGAAAAGCCACCAGAUGGAUUCCUGAACCUGGAGUCACAGAAAGUGUUGGAAAACAUAUGCUGGAAGCAUGCAACAACAACCUGGAAAUGGCAGUAACCAUGUUUCUGGAUGGAGGCGGGGUUGCAGAAGAGCCCAGUACCAGCUCUGGUUCAGCGGCUUCAAGCAGCAGAGCUCCCCCUACAGAUGAAGUACGUGCACCCAUUCCUCAGAAGCAAGAGAUUCUGGUGGAGCCCGAACCCCUAUUUGGAGUGCCUAAACGGAGAAGACCUGCUAGAUCGAUAUUCGAUGGAUUUAGAGACUUCCAAACAGAGACAAUUCGUCAGGAACAGGAGCUGCGGAAUGGCGGCGCUGUGGACAAAAAACUCAGCACUCUGGCAGAUCUGUUUCGUCCUCCGAUUGAACUCAUGCACAAAGGCAGCUUUGAAACGGCAAAAGACUGCGGCCAGAUGGAGAACAAGUGGCUGAUGAUCAACAUUCAAAAUGUACAAGACUUCGCCUGCCAGUGCCUGAACAGGGACGUGUGGAGCAACGAUGGAGUCAAGACCAUCAUCAGAGAACACUUUAUUUUCUGGCAGGUAUAUCACGACAGUGAGGAAGGACAACGAUACAUUCAGUUCUAUAAGCUGAAUAAGUUCCCGUACAUUUCCAUCCUGGAUCCCCGAACAGGACAGAAGAUGGUGGAGUGGAACCAGUUGGACGUGGCGUCCUUUUUGGAGCAAGUGUCUGGCUUCUUGGCUGAGCAUGGGCAGCUCGACGGGCCGUCCUGUCAGGCACCCCCCGCCAAGAGAGCUCGAUCUGAGAGUCUGAUUGACGCCAGUGAAGACAGCCAGCUGGAGGCAGCGAUCAGAGCGUCGCUACAGGAGACACACUACGAGUCCUCAAACGUCCCCGAGAUUCCAGACUCCCCUCGGUCUGAAGAGGACUCGGACGCGGAGCCCUUCUCCGACAGCGAAGGCCCCAUCUCCGUCGAAGGCUCUGACAGCGAAUCCCCGGAGCCCUUGGAAGAAAAAAAGCAUCAGGCUGCCUCGGCAGCUCAGCAGCGGCUUCAUCCAGAGGGCUCGUCUUCCUGCCACAAAAAGUCUCCGUUCAAAGAAAACAACCACAGCUACAAGAAGGAGGAGAGCAAAAAGAACCACCUGGAGCCCCCAGCUGCAGCUCACCAUCCAGAUUCUGAAGGAAACUCUUGUCCUCCUGCAACUGAAAGACCAUCCGCGUCCAUCACUGCCAACACAUGUGACCUUGACUGCCCUGAUGACAAUGGUCCCAAGGCCAGGUUGAUGCUGCGCUAUCCAGAUGGACAAAGAGAGCAAAUAUCCCUGUCUUCACAAGCAAAACUUAUGGCACUGGUCAGACACGUCCAAUCCAAGGGUUACCCCAACGAACGCUUUGAACUAGUCACCAACUUCCCCAGAAGAAAACUUGCCCACUUGGACUAUGACAUCUCACUGCAGGAGGCGGGGCUCUGCCCGCAGGAGACUGUAUUUGUGCAGGAGAGAAACUAGACUUCCAAAACACUGUUUUUCUUACGUGUCUUUCUGGUGGACCUCAUCAUGUCACCAAGCCUGGACACUGCUAUGGCCUCAUUCUCAUCUCUCACCUGGAACUGUCUGUGGAUGGACUCCUUUCUCCUUCAGUCUUUGAGUGCAGAUUACGGUGCCGGCAGCCCGAUCUCUCUGAGAUGCCCCGGAUUUGGCCAGUAAGGGGUUGUGGGUGCCAGCACUCUUUACAUUUUUGUACUUCGUGAUAUUGCUCUACUGCAGGUUCUAUUUUUUUCAGGCUUCACGGUCGUGUGAAUUCAUAGUGUAUCUGAUAUUUAAGCAAAUCAGCCCAAACUGUCUGACUGCUAUUUAAUGAGGAGGCACCUGGACUUGCAAAGAUUUUAUCUUUCCUGAAAGGACAUUGAAUACCAGAGUUUAUUUUCUGUUGCUGUUAUUUCUCUACCCGAAAUUGGGUAAACUGAAACUUUAUUUUUUUUUGUUCGUUUUUUUUUUCUUGACCCAAUUGUCUCACGUUGUCAUUUUAUGAACAAAUGUAACAUCUAGGAUACAAAGAGGAACGAUUCACACAUUACACAACAACCAAUGUGUUGAAUAUCUGUGAUUAAAAAUCCAACACGUGUGGAUUUGCACAUUUUACUCAAGUUUAUAAUGCUGAGUGAGCGUAUGCUUUUUUGGGCAGGGGUGCGGGGUGACUUUUGAUUUAGAAGGGGAUGAAUGAAGGCUUGUGCGUCACAUCAGUUGGACCUACUACUGUACGGAGAGGCUGAUGCUUAUAGCAGGUAGUACUUUGGUUUCCUUCUUUUUUUUAUACGCUGCCGGUGAAAUAUAACCACCAAAUCAAGGGAUUGCUCUUCAUGUCUUUCUCUAGAAACACUGUUACCUAAAUAAACUACAGAGUCUACCUUGCA